AUGACUGGUAUUUCUGGUCAUUGGGCUUUUGCUUUUGGUGUCCUUGGUAACAUUAUCUCGUUCAUCGUGUUCCUUUCUCCAAUACCAACGUUUUACACUAUUUACAAGAAGAAAACAGCUGAAGGGUAUCAAUCAAUUCCAUAUGUGAUUGCUCUCUUUAGCUCUAUGCUUUGGAUAUACUAUGCAUUUUUGAAGACCAAUGUCACCCUACUCAUAACAAUAAACUCCUUUGGUAUAUUCAUUGAGACUAUCUACGUUGGUCUCUACCUUUUCUACGCGCCAAAGAAAGCCAGGGUCCAUACAGUGAAAAUGCUACUUCUAACAGUAGUUGGUGGAUUUGGUGCAAUAGUCUUGGUUACUCAAUUUCUAUUCAAAGGAGUUGUUCGUGGACAAAUAGUUGGAUGGAUUUGCCUUAUUUUCGCCUUAAGUGUCUUUGUUGCACCUUUAGGCAUUGUGAGACAAGUAAUCAAAACAAAGAGUGUGGAAUACAUGCCACUUCUCCUCUCAGUUUUCCUCACUUUAAGUGCUGUUAUGUGGUUCUUCUAUGGUCUUCUACUAAAAGACAUUAACAUUGCUGCUCCAAAUGUAUUGGGAUUCAUAUUUGGUGUACUCCAAAUUGUGCUGUACGCAAUAUACAGCAAAAAGGAGAAGGUCAUCCUAAAGGAACAAAAACUUCCAGAAAUACAAAAGCCAGCAGUAAUUGUGGCAGAUGAUAACACAAAUGCUAACAAGAAGCUUCCAGAACUCACACAUGAACAGAUUAUUGACAUUGUGAAGCUUGCAGGUUUACUAACUUGUACAGAGAAAUCACAUGUUGCCACGUGUCCGCAUGACGUUAAUUGUGGAGUUGAGGCAACAAAUGUAGAAAACAACAUCCCCAAGCUGCAAACUGUGGAAGCUACCUAA